CAAGCCCAUUGGAGAAUGGCCCAUGUAUAUAUACUCGUCCCUGUCGCACAAACAAGCGCCCAAUCGUUUCGUUAGACACUUUGUCAGGAGUCGCAGAAGUACAGAGAGUCUCCGAGUACCGACCUCCUCGUGCUGUUGUUGGACCUCGAUGGGUCCUUUGACGUUAGCUGCUGAUGCCAAAAGCUCGCCGGUAGCGUCUCCAGAUGCAUCUUGUAGGGCAAUGCCAAUGGUGCGGCUGGAACCAAAGAAGUCUUUUGCAUCAAUUGGCAUGGGAGAAGAAAAUCCUUUUGAAUUUCUCCGUACUUUAUGGGAGGGAGCUAUAGCCGGAGGUACAGCUGGUGUUGUUGUUGAAACAGCUUUAUAUCCAAUUGAUACGAUAAAAACAAGGCUGCAGGCAGCUCGUGGAGGUGGAAAAAUAAUUUUGAAAGGUCUUUACUCUGGAUUGGCUGGAAACCUUGCUGGUGUCUUACCAGCCUCUGCUGUCUUUGUUGGAGUAUAUGAACCUUCAAAGCAGAAACUGUUGAAGAUCCUUCCUGAAAAUCUUAGUGCUGUUGCUCACCUGACUGCCGGUGCCUUAGGAGGGCUUGCUGCUUCUCUUAUUCGUGUUCCCACUGAGGUUGUUAAGCAAAGAAUGCAGACAGGGCAGUUUACCUCAGCUCCCGAUGCUGUUCGUCUCAUCAUCUCUAAGGAGGGAUAUAAGGGUCUUUAUGCGGGAUAUGGAUCCUUUUUGUUGCGAGAUUUGCCCUUCGAUGCAAUUCAGUUCUGCAUCUACGAGCAGCUUCGAAUAGGUUAUAAAUCAGUGGCAAAAAGAGAUCUAAAUGAUCCUGAGAAUGCUGCAAUUGGUGCUUUUUCUGGUGCACUAACUGGUGCUAUAACUACUCCCCUUGAUGUGAUCAAGACAAGGCUAAUGGUUCAGGGGUCUGGAAACCAGUACAAAGGGAUUGUUGAUUGUGUACAAGGUAUCAUUAGGGAAGAAGGACCAUCUGCUCUUUUGAAGGGCAUAGGUCCUAGAGUACUGUGGAUCGGCAUUGGUGGUUCAAUCUUCUUUGGCGUUCUGGAGAGGACUAAGCGGUUACUUGAACAGAGGCGUUCUACAUCUAAAAAGCCCUCGGACUUCAAACAGGACUAAAGUUAUGCCCCCCCCCCCCCCCCCCCCCUCCCAGCCACCAGAUAUACCCCCAUCGUUAAGGUACCUGUAAAAACUAUUAAGUAGAGAUCAAGGAUUUUGACAUUCGAGAUCAUGUUUGUUGAGGUUAGGGAAGUAUCUGGUGCAUUCGAAAAACUACUUUCUAACAAUAUAAGCAAAAUAAUUCAACAAUAAA